AUGGCGCCAGCGUCCGACCUGUUUGCAGGCUUGCGGCAGGCCACCGACGGCGAGCAUGCAGCAGUCGCAGCAGAAACACUUCUUCCGUAUGUCCCGGCAGCUUUCACAUGGACGGAGCUUGCCCGAGGGCUUGCUGAGAGCGACGUGAGACGGAAGGAUGAAGCAACGACGGUAGAAGAGGGAGCAAAAGACACAGAACCAGAUGAACCACAAGAGCCAGAAGAAACAACAUGGCUCGACGCGGCCUCACGCAGAACAAUCCGCACCUUUGUCGCCCGCACCAUGGCACCGAUUCUGGGGAACGACGACGACGACGACGAUGACGAGGCCACUCGUCACGGCGACCGCACGAGUAACCAGCACGCGGCCGCCAUGCGAUGCAGUCAGGCCGUUGCCGACGAUGCGGUCGCUGUGCUGCGUUGGGCCCUGGCAGACGACGACACCCUCUCUCCGUCCGACAACGACGACGUGCAGGUGCUCGCUAGCAUCAUCGCCGCGGCCGAGGCCGGUCAGCCGUGGACGACCGGCACGGCUGCGGCUGCGGCUGGCGACCUGCUGCAGCGGCUACAUCCACAACUCCCGUCUGCCGACUGGAUCGUCGACGGGCUCCUCAAUGGCUACGUGCGCCCGUUGUUUGCUCGCGGCCCACGACCACAAGGCCUCACGUCGGCCGGCCGUAAGGACCAGUACGGCGACCGUGGCGGCGGCGGCGGGCUUGCCUCGCGAGCGACGGACUCGGAGACGCGGGCGGCCAAGCCGUGGAAGUACGGCGAUCUGCGCGCCGUACCAGUGUUUUCGUGGGCGCUGCAGGAAAGCGAUUCUGCCCUCGUUGGCCGCCACUGGUCCCUCUUCACGCCCGUGCUACUAGCCCUCGUCGACGAUGCCGACACGGACGUGCGAGCACGUGGGCUGGUGCUGCUGCGAGUCUUUGUCGACCGGCUGCCAGACGGCGGGCGGCUGCUGCGCCAGACCGGCCUAGACAGCGUGCUGGCCGAGGCGGUGCUUCCGACGCUGCUGUUCUUGCCGCGGCUGACGCCGGAGGAGGAGUCGCUGCAGCUGCUGGACCCGGCCUAUGACGCGCUGCUGGCGAUUGCCGCCAAGGGAAGCACCUCGACAUCCACCCUCUUUGAUCGGAUCCUCCGCGACGGCAUCCUGGCCGGCUACUUCCACGCCAGCGAGCACGUCCGCGUGGUCGAGGUGCUGGCCCGCCAGGCCGGCCGGCUGGUCGAGGCCAUGGGCAUCGCCGCAACCAAGCACCUCAAAGACGUCGUGCCGCUGUGCGCGGCCAUCCUGACGGACCCGUUUGCCGUGCGUCACCCGCCCGUGCUGGUCGCCGCCACGGCCACGCUGCAGGCCACGCUCGCCAGCUGCUGGCCGCGCCUGGCCGACUCGCCCUGGCCGCUCGAGGUCGUGCGCAUGCUGAUGCUCUGUUGGCUCAACGUGGCCGAAGCGGACGACAACGAUGACCGGUACACGCAGCUGCGGGCUGACCUCGUCCGGGCAGCCGACACACAGCUGACCAUCUUGCGUGCGGCCCAGGCCGAUGUCGGCCGUGUUGUCGGACCUCUCACGGUCAAAGAGCCACAAUUAGCCGAGCUGUUUCGAGUCGAAUAA